AUGCCGGAUCUCGGCCCCCGCUCCGCCCGGCUCCUCCUCCUCUCCCUCCUCCUCGCCGGCCGCGCCCUCGCCGAAUCUCACCCUUCCCCGGGCCUCCCCAUGGUCAUCAACACGUGGGGCGGCCCCUUCACCGCCGCCACCGACGCCGCUUACCAGGCCCUCGUCAGGCCGGGCGCAUCGGCCCUCGACGCCGUCGAGAUCGGCUGCGCCACCUGCGAGGCCAACCAGUGCGACGGCAGCGUCGGCUUCGGCGGCUCGCCCGACGAGCGCUGCGAGACCACCCUCGACGCCAUGAUCAUGGACGGCGUCACCAUGAAGUCCGGCUCCGUCGCCGGCCUCCGCCGCGUCAAGAACGCCAUCGGCGUCGCCCGCCACGUGCUCGAGUACACCUCCCACACCAUGCUCGCCGGCGACCUGGCCACCGACUUCGCCGUCGAGAACGGCUUCCCGGCCGAGAACCUCACCACUGAGGCCUCGGCCGCCCGCUGCGCCGAGUGGCGCCGCAGCAAUUGCCAGUCCAACUACAGGCAGAACGUCACGCCCGACCCCAAGUCGUCCUGCGGGCCGUACACGCCCGUCGAGCUCGACUCGGGCGCCGCCGGGUACUUUGACCUCAUCGCCCCGAACUCGGCCCAGGCAUCCCACGACACCAUCUCCAUGAUGGCACUGGACGCCAGUGGCGUCAUGGCGGCCGGCACCUCGACCAACGGCGCUUCCUUCAAGGUGCCCGGGCGCGUCGGCGACGGCCCCAUCACCGGGUCCGGCUCCUACGUCGAUGGGGACGUCGGCGCCUGCGGCGCGACGGGCGACGGCGACAUCAUGAUGCGGUUCUUGCCCUGCUACCAGGCCGUCGAGAGCAUGAGACGGGGCAUGAGCCCGCAGGAGGCCGCGAGGGACGCCGUGGUGCGCAUGGUGCGGAAGUACCCCGCCGUGGCGAGCGGGAUUGUGGUCGUCAACAACAAGGGGGAGCACGGGGGAGCGGGAUCCGGAUGGACCUUUACAUACGCCUUCAGGGGCGGCAAGAUGAACGCCACCGAGGUCGUGACUGUGCCGCCCGUGUGCGUCAGUCGGUCAUUGGACAGUACAGAGCUGAGAUAG